GACGUGGCUCCUCUACUCUCGUCUCUAUCUCGACUGUGAAAGCCCUCAGCAGAAUUCCGCAAGAAGAUUUCCUCUGCUCCCGGGAAUUCCAAAUUUCUGUAGGCAUUGCAGUUCUAAGAAUUUAACAAUGGUGAACAAGCGCUUGCCCGACUGGCUCAACAGCUCGCUCUGGUCCUCCACUCCUUCUCUCGAAGACGACGAGCGCCUCUCUCGCCACUCCACCACCACUACCACCACCAUUUCCUAUUCCCCCGCCGUGGAACCCACAUUAGAUCCUCCAACCCCCCCGACCCCUCCCUCUCCCACCAGAGUAGAUCCUGAGAAGCCGCCCGAAACCAAAGAUUCUCCCUCCAACGAUAGUCAUAGUAGCGAUCUCAGUUACAAUGACAUCUCCGAAGAAGUCGACUUCUCCACCGUCGACAUUUCUCGCCAGUCUCAGCUCCUCGCCGAGAUAUCGAAGAAAGUGAUAAACAUACGAGACUUGCGAAGAAUCUCAUCACAGGGUAUACCGGAUAUCCCUGGGAUUCGUUCCAUGGUUUGGAAGCUCUUGCUGGGCUAUCUGCCGCCAGAUCGUGGGCUUUGGUCAUCAGAAUUAGCUAAGAGGAGGUUGCAGUACAAGCAAUUUAAAGAGGAGCUUUUGAUGAAUCCUUCAGAAAUCACAUGGAGGUUGGAUAAAACGAGAAGUUGUGACAAAGGCGACUCAAAAAGUGAAAGCAGGGGCUUGCUCUCAAGAUCAGAAAUUACCCAUGGGGAGCAUCCUUUGAGUCUUGGAAAGACCAGCAUAUGGAACCAAUUCUUUCAGGACACGGAGAUUAUAGAACAGAUUGACCGAGAUGUGAAGCGCACCCAUCCAGGCAUGCACUUUUUCUCAGGGGACUCUCAAUUCGCAGAAUGUAAUCAGGAGGCUUUAAAGAACAUAUUAAUCAUAUUUGCAAAGUUAAAUCCAGGCAUAAAAUAUGUUCAAGGAAUGAAUGAGAUUUUGGCUCCUCUAUUCUAUAUAUUCAGAAAUGACCCUGAAGAGGAAUAUGCAGCCUCUGCUGAAGCAGACACAUUCUUUUGUUUUGUUGAGUUAUUAAGCGGAUUCCGUGACCACUUCUGUCAGCAACUUGAUAAUAGUGUUGUGGGAAUCCGUUCCACGAUUACAAAAUUGUCACAGCUUCUUAAGGAGCAUGAUGAGGAGUUGUGGCGUCAUCUUGAGGUCACAACCAAAGUCAACCCCCAAUUUUAUGCAUUUAGGUGGAUUACUCUCCUCUUGACGCAGGAAUUCAAUUUUUCCGACAGCCUUCACAUUUGGGACACACUUCUAAGUGACCCUGAAGGUCCUCAGGAAACCCUUCUUCGGAUAUGCUGUGCUAUGCUGAUCCUCAUACGGCGGCGCCUUCUAGCAGGUGAUUUCACAUCGAAUCUCAAACUGCUCCAAAACUAUCCCCCAACAAACAUCAGUCAUUUGCUCUAUGUUGCCAACACGUUGCGAGUACAAUCCAUAGGCUAAUUUUCUAAGCCACUCUUGAUUUUCCCUCUCUUUUUUCUUGUGUUCACAAUUUAAGGUUUGUGAAUUCCCGAUGUAAGUGUUGAUCAAAAGUAAAUAAAUGAUAGGCAGCUCAGGGAUGACAUCCGUUGUUUCUGUUUUUUCUUCUUGCUAGAAAUUCAUUGCUACCUUAAUA